UAUUUGUUUCGUUUUAACAAUAAAACAACUGUUAUCUCAGCUUCUUUGUAGCGAAAAUACACUUGUAUUGCUUGUGAAGAAAAUAUUAUUGUGUUUAAGACUUAUUAUUAUAAAAUUUAUUCAACAUGGGCAAUCAUUUGUCCGGAGUUGUUCCAGUACAAAUUCAUCCCACAGAGUAUUACAUUUCAGACAUAGCCAACUCUGAAUUGAUUACUUUUGAUGGUAACCUCGGAUCUACUCGAUUCUUCAAAGUGGCUCGGGUUAAGCUUCAUCAAAUACGCCCUCAAGCAUCUGAUGUGCUUUCAUCUUCCAACCACUCUGGAUUAGAUGCCCCUGGUCUCGGUGUAGCCAAAGUAUUUGUGAUAAAUGAUCCAACUCUACAUUUAAAGGGUCAUAAAGAAGUGAUCGAUUGGCUGAAGGAAGCUUUGAAAGAUAAUCCAAAUGCUUUGGUAUUCAGCAAAGCUGUUAUCAAUGAGAAGGCUGCCGUUCUGUUAAGACAAUACAUCAAAUUCAAUUUGUAUGAUAGAAUAUCUACUCGGCCAUUUUUAACUUUCUUUGAGAAAACCUGGAUAGCUUUUCAGCUACUCAAGUGCUGUGAAUGGAUUCAUGAAAAGGGUAUAUGUCAUGGAGACAUUAAAUUAGAAAAUAUCCUUAUUACCAGCUAUUUAUGGGUGUUAUUAACAGAUUUUGCGACCUUCAAGCCCGUUUUUCUUCCUGAAGACAAUCCAGCAGACUUUUCUUAUUUUUUCGACACUUCACGAAGACGAACCUGCAAUGUUGCUCCAGAAAGAUUCAUCCAAGAAAGCUAUACUCAGGGGGACCUAACUCCACCGGGCUAUAUCCAUUCUUCAAUGCAGGAUUCGCACAACAACUUGAAACCUGCUAUGGAUAUGUUCAGUCUUGGCUGUGUUAUCGCUGAACUUUUCACAGAAGACUCAUCUAAUGGUGGUCUUUUCGAUCUUUCAGCUUUACUCUCUUUCAGAUCUGGAGAACGCUGUCAAAACAGCUUUAACAAAAUUAUUGAUUCAAUCCCGGAUAAACAGAUUCGGGAUCUAGUUUCGAGUCUAACCGAUCUAGAUCCGAAACAAAGGAAAUCAGCAUCAUAUCAUUUAAAAAAUCUAACUCCAUCAUUAUUUCCCCAUUAUUUUAAUGACUUAUUUAUUUUUUUCAAAGAUAUAAUUAAGUUACCACCUGAUGAGAAAAUUAUAAAGAUGGCAAACAAACUGAAAGCAAUCAUUCCUUUAAUCAAAAAAGAAGAUUCAAAAGGAUUACUUUUGAUAAUUGUACUGGUCACAUCGAUUAUGAGAUCGAUGAAACAUUUGCAUGCAAAAAUUAUCGCCCUCGAGGUUCUAAGUGAGAUUCUAAACUGUGAUAUGCCCGUUAUUUCUCCACAUAUUUUGGACAGAAUAUUGCCUUACCUAAUGGUUAUGCUUCGUGAUUCUGAUCCAAGAGUAAGAGCUGAAGCAAUCUUUUUUUUAACUUAUUGCCUUUCAACUGUUGAAAAAGUCCCUCCAUGUGAUAGUAAUGUUUUUCCUGAUUAUAUUCUUCCUAAUUUGACACAACUUGCUAAAGACCGUUCAAUUCUCGUUCGAAUGGCAUUGGCCAGGCAUCUAGCUGAUCUUGCCGAUAUCGCAUCAAGGUUUUCAUCUCAUACUACUCACGAUAAAAAGCAUUUUCAAAAUGAAUUGGCAGUUCUACAUUCAGGCUUCCAGAUUAUGGUUGCAAAUAUCUUAACAGAUUCAGCAAGUGCAGUUAAAAUUAACCUACUCUCAAACAAUAUUUCUAAGCUUUGUAAAUUUUUCGGACCCCAUAAGACAAAUGAACUGAUCUUAAGUCACAUUUUCACUUUUUUAAAUGAAGCUGAUCGAUUUGAACUUCGGUGUGCUUUCUUCGACAACGUUGUGCCAAUUGCUGAAUAUCUUGGAUCCCAAUGUCUAUCUCUUCUCAAGCCAUUUCUCCAACAAGGUAUCUCAGAUACAGAAGAAACUGUGAUCUCCAAAACUCUGUUUUGCUUGGCUAAUUUAACAAAGCUGAAAUUAUGGGAUAAAACUUCAGUUUUAGAUAUCUUAAGUGAAUCCAUACCCUUACUCUGUCAUCCGAAUAUUUGGAUAAGGCAUAGUUUAAUAUACUUUAUUCAUCUCUUAGCGGUUCAAUUAAGUCCAGCUGAUGUCUACUGUAAAAUUAUGCCUUUACUUGCUCCAUAUGUUACCAAGGAAAUUUUCUCACUUGAAAACACUAAUCUGCUUCUUGAUAACUUGAAGACACCUCUACCAAGAUCUGUAUUUGAUAUGAUUGUUCAGCCAUCACGUUUUGCAAGCUUGCAUAACAAUAGUUUUGUCCCACUUAUUGAGUGCCUUAAAGAAAGAAAAAGGAUUCGAAGCCUUGGAAGAUCUGGAAAUAAAGCUGCUAACGAGGUUACUUGUCCUCUUCUGAACGCUAUUUCAAACCAAGUGGAAGAUAAAUUGACUGAAGAGCAAGAAGAACAAAUUCUUAAAUUAUCAACUAUCCUGAGAAAAAUUAAUCGAGAGUAUCGAGCUCGAGCCGAAACUGACCAGAUUUAUGGAAAUAUCAUUCAAUUAAAUCGUAAAAAUCGCAAGACUCAUUCAAUGUCUUUGUCAGAGAUGCUUAAAAAUUAUCCUCUUGGUAGAAGAAAUUACCAAUCGGCUUCUGGAAUCAAUAUGAAUGAAGAAUGGCACACCAUGUUCGGCUCUCAAAAAGACAGCAUUGAAGUAUCUCAAGAAAUUUUAGAUGUUACUGUUAGUGGUGAAAAAUCGGCUGAUCUCAAUGCUAUUCCAGUUGCUCAAGAGGCUAAAGAAAACAUUCUUGAUGAUUAUGGUCAACAGUUGACCACUUGUCCUCCUUGUAUCAAUGAUCUUCAUGGUUUAAUGAACCACAAGAAAAACUAUUUCACUUAUCACUUAUCUGAUCCUUCUAUUUUUGAUAAUGAACCUCGUUAUACUAGCAAAAUUGGUUUCACUUCUCAUGUACCUCGAGGUACUUUAUUAGGACAACUUCAUGAGCAUAGUAAACAGGUCAACAGGAUAGCCGUCAUUGACCCAACAACUCUCUUCGUAACCUGUUCAUCAGAUGCAACUUUAAAAGUUUGGGACGCAUUGAAAGUAGAAGAUCGAAAUUGCAUGAUAAACCGAUCCAAGCAAAGCUUCAGGCUUUCAGAUGAAACAGAAGAGUUUAAAGCAGUUACAUAUCUACCGGGUGUUGAAAGUUUGGUUUGUUACACUAACACCAAUGCUGUUUAUGUUCUCCAAUUGGAUCCAUCAUCAUCCAAGAUGAGAUUACAGCAUAGAAUGAAGGAUUAUUGUUGCGAGGGAACCAAUUUAGUUUUAACUGAUUUGUGUAGUAUUUCACCAAAUGUUUUCGCCAUAUCAAAUACAGCAUCUCAGUUAAUAGGGUGUGAUCUCAGGCAACCUCCAACACAAUCUCCAGCAUUUUCCAUUCUUGCACCGUUAGCCAGAGGAAUGGUUACUUGUAUCGAUGGAAAUGAAUACCUUUUAUCUUGUGGAACCUCUCGUGGUCUCAUCAUAAAUUAUGAUCUCAGAUUUAUUCUUGAAGCCAAUUCAAUGUUCCACAGUAAGGACAAAAAGAAGAGCAAAAGGGUUAUGCGUAUUCUCAUUACUUCAAACGCUAUUUACUCAUCGGUUCAAGGUAAUAAUGAAGUAGCUGUAUGGAAUUGUGGUACUGGCGAAAGAAUGCGUUCUUAUUGGGCCAGUGAUCUUCCAGCUCUUUGUCAAGAGAAUCGAGAUAAUGCUUUACGUUCAGUCAACGGAAUGGUAGUUUUAAAUAGAGCUGGAAAUGAAUGUCUCAUAACUGGAGGAACCGACUUUAAGAUUCGAUAUUGGGAUUACUUAAAUAUUAACAAUAACGGUCUCAUCUCAGAUUCGGGUAAACCCUCUCCUUGGCCCUACUCACCUCCGCUCAAAAACUACCAAGGCGAUUAUUCAGUUCAUUAUGAAUCUAAAAUGAUGGAAGGAUGUCAAGUUAUUCAGGAACAUAAAUCAUACAGACAACCAUCGGUUACUUCUCUCGACUCUGGUUUUCCCCAUUCCGCUUCCUCAUCAUCUUUAUCGGUCAACUCACUCGGUUCAGCUGCUUCAAUUGGCUCUUCUGGUCUGAUUUGGGAGCAACAGGCAGUUUCCCUAGCCCAUAAAGCAUCUAUAACAGAUCUUGUUUGGAUCAAUAAGAUGAAUUUGUUAAUUUCAUCAAGUUCCGAUGGAUGUGUCAAAGUAUGGAGAUGAAUCCCAAUUGUAUUCAUCAAUCUCUUCAAUUUUCAUUUCAGUUCAACUUUUUUAAUAUCUUGCCCUUUCAUUCGCCAUAUUUCUUUUGAACAAUUAUUUCCAUUCCUUCACCACCAACUCUUGACUAGUUCCCAGUCAACCUAUUGCUCAUGAUAUCUAACUUGACAUGAAAAAAUUGUACCAUUUUCCCCCUGUCUUCUUCAAUUAAUCAAACAUCGCAAUCAUUUUACUCUAUCAACCUUUAUUACCCAUUCCUCUUAUGUUUGAGCUCAAGAAAUGACCAAUAUUUAUGUUGAUUGCGUUUUUAGCAGUUUAUUGAAUUAAAAGCGGAGUAAUCAACGAAUUAAACUAAUUUAAAACAAUUUGAUGAAUGUACAAAUUUGCAAACAUAAUUUGUGAUUAAUAAAAUUUCUUAAUACUCUGUAUUAUCCUAUUUAA